AUGAGUGACCCUUCAAGCUCGCAAUGCAGAUCUGACAUAGAGCAGGAAAUUGAGACAUGGGUGUUGGCUCUAGAACACUACGACAAUCAAGAGUAUGAGGAAGCCAUACGGAUCUUUGGUCAUAUUGCAGAUACGUCCAAGAUAUUCUUCAACUGUGGAGUCAUCUAUGCAACGCUGGGAGAGCAUGAAAAAGCCGUCCAAUGUUACCAACGCGCCGUCAGUCUAGACCAGUACCUUGCCAUUGCCUAUUUCCAAGAAGGCGUGUCCAACUUCCUUCUAGGCGAUUUUGAAGAAGCAUUGGCCAAUUUCAAUGACACCCUUCUCUAUCUUCGGGGCAAUACAUCCAUUGACUAUGAGCAAUUGGGCCUGAAAUUCCGUCUCUUCUCGUGUGAGGUCUUGUUCAAUCGGGGACUCUGCUAUAUCUACCUGCAGCAAAUGGGGCCAGGCAUGCAGGACCUCGAAUAUGCAGUGAAAGAAAAGGUCACUCCCGACCACGAUGUCAUUGAUGACGCCAUUCGGGAGAGGGCAGAGGGAUACACGGUGUUCUCGAUUCCCGUGGGAGUUGUCUAUCGACCCAACGAGGCCAAAGUCAAGAAUCUCAAAACAAAAGACUAUCUAGGCAAGGCGAGACUGAUCGCAGCGUCAUCGCAAGGCAACAUGCGGAAUGGACAUCAACCUACAGAUUUAAUACGAACUCAAUCAGCGUUCGAUGACCGCUCCGCCGACAGCAUCUCGUUCGCUGCCACGAAUCUGGUCCAAAAGAAUCUGUCGGGACGAAGUCGUCAGCAGUCGGAACCCCCGCUAAACCGCACUUUGUUCCCACCUACGCCACCUCCAGAAGGUGACAAGGCUAGCACAAAGACCUCUUCCAGUAGUAGCGUGGGUGCCAGUGGUAGACCAGGUUCGGUUCGGGCGGCGCGGCCUCCUCGGCUCAAUCUCGAUCCAGCGGGCUCUCAGCCCAAUGGGAGGAGUAGCGCAGACAUGCCCGCCUCGGACAAACCACGGAUUGGGACGACUCGUACGGCCUCUGAACCCCGUGGACCACCCAGCCGACAUUAUCCACGGGGGCUAAAUGGUCCAGAGACCGACAGAUAUCUUCCUCCUCGGGAAACGGGAAGCCACAGAAGAGGAACCAGCGAAACAAGUUCUGCAUCAAUCCCUCGGAAUGGCUACGGUGAGGACGGGUGCGGAGUGUACACAAGCCCACGAUCUAUGGCCAGUAGCGGACGAAGAGCCAUGCCUCCUCAGCAGCAACGGUACAUUGACGAAGAAGAGGAAUACGUGGGCGAUUCGUGUGGUGUACAUGGUGCCCGCGGCAUCUACGAGACACCCGGCAGCUCGCAGCGACGAACCAGAUCACCGGUCCGAGAGUCAAGGCGAGCCGACUCACGCAGGCCUGAUGUCCGCAGAUUCCGGAUCAAAGUUCAUGCUUUUGAAGAUACCCGGUAUAUCAUGAUCGGGCCCACGAUGGAGUACAGCGAGUUUGAAGCCAAGAUUCGGGAGAAGUUUGGCUUCCGCUCGCUUCUACGAAUCCGAAUGCAGGACGAGGGCGAUAUGAUUACAAUGGUGGAUCAGGAAGAUUUGGACCUCCUGCUGAGUUCGGCCACCGAGGCAGCUCGGAAGGAGGGCAGCGAGAUGGGCAAGAUGGAGAUAUGGGUGGAAGAAAGACCAAUGAUAUAG